GUCUGUAGCUAAAACGUACGCUUUUUCGGUCUAACACUAGAAAGGUGUCAAUUUGGAUUGUGACCAAGGCGUUAUACUGACAGAACAGAUUGCUCAUAUUACAGAAUAGAUAACUACAAAUCGUGGUCAGUGCAGACUUCAACUUCCUCUUUAUGUGGUUGAAAUUCCCCUCUUGAAAAUUCUUGGGUAAAGUCUCAUUCUCAAAGCACAAGACUGCAGCAUGGUGAAGUGUUUUAACAUCGUGAAGAUCGUGCAGCUUCAGCUCUAUCUGCUCAUAUGGUGUCGAGCUGUAGAGACUUUAACAGAUCAACUAACAGAUUUGGGUCAAAAUGUGACUGUAAACUGUGAUUUUGAUGUCAAGGAGGUUAACUGGUUAUUACUGAAACUACCAGAUCCUCCAGUUGUGAUAUUACGCACUUUCUCUUCAGCUCGUUACUACAACAAUAAAUUUAGACACAAAUAUUCAGUGCAACGUAAACCUCAUCUGUUCAUACAUAAUGUUACUGUUGAUGAAUUAGGACUUUAUUACUGUGUGACCACAGACUCUCCUCCAAAAUACAGCAAUGGCACCAGACUACAUAACACUGAAAAUACUGCAGAGAAGCAGAAUCAGAAUCAGACACAAUGGCAGACUCUUACCGUCAUAUUUGGUGUGUUGAGUGGCGUUCUGAUCAUUGUGAUCAUAGGACUAUUAAAGGUGUUUGUUUAUGGAAGCAAAAGAACCAGAGACAGAGCAGAACAAUUUCAAAACACGAACCUACAGCAACCUCAAGUUACGGAUCCUCAACAACCUCAAGACCCAAGUCAAGUGCUGUAUGCUGCAGUGGACCUUCCCAGACCAUGUCAAAGGUUACAGUCCGACCAAGUCAACAGCACUUAUGCACUACUACAGCUGCCAAAAUCAAGAGCACGUAACCAUAAAUGACCUUGUUACAUAUUUGUAUUUGAUAUUUUUGUUUUAUAGCUAUAUAUAUAUAUAUAUAUUUUUUGGUCAGAAUGAAAAUUACAGGAACUUGCCAGAAAUCACUGCUGCUAUUAUUUUGAUAUAUUUGUGAUCGUAUAAUAUAUAUAUAUGUGUGUGUGUGUGUGUGUGUGUGUGUGUAUAUAUAUAUAUAUAUAUAUAUAUAUAUAUAUAUAUAUAUAUA